UGUAAUGUAAUUAAAAAAACGAGGUAACUGCGUAUGGUUGUUCAAAAUACAUUUUCUUAGUACUAUUUGAUUUCAUAUUAACAUGCAUAUUUACUGUAAACGCAAAACUCUUGACCCAAAGAUAAGAUACAAUAAUAUAAUUCCACAGAACUACGUGUUUCGAUGAUUGUAGCAUGUUGUUCGCUAAUCACUCAUCUGUAUGUCAAAUUCAUUUUUUUAUUUGUUAUUUUCUGACAUAACAAGGAAUAAUAUUUGAUAGUUUCUUGAUUUUUUUUCCAACUUUAACAUUCUAGCAAAUUUUAACAUUGUACAAUGGGAGGAAAAUUUAAAUUUGCUAUUGAUCGUGGAGGUACAUUUACAGACAUCUAUGCUAAAUGUCCUAAUGGAAAAGUACGUGUUAUGAAACUUUUAUCUGUUGAUCCGACCAAUUAUUCAGAUGCUCCUCGCGAAGGCAUAAGACGAAUACUAGAAAUGGAAACUGGAAUAAGUAUGCCACAAAGUGAAGCUAUUGAUAGCAGUUACAUUGAGUGGAUUCGAAUGGGAACAACUGUUGCUACAAAUGCUCUUUUAGAACGCAAAGGUGAACGCAUGGCUUUAUUGAUUACUCGUGGUUUCAAAGAUCUAUUACAUAUUGGUAACCAGGCUCGACCAAAGAUAUUUGAUUUGAAAAUAGUAACACCAGAUGUUCUGUAUGAAGAAGUUAUGGAAGUCGACUGUAGAGUAAUUAAUUUAAAAUGUGAAAAAUGCGAUGAAAUUACAUCCAUUUGGAAAGACAAACCUAUAGUUCGUGGUGUCACUGGUGAAGACAUUUUAAUCAUAAAAGAAAUAAAUGAAGCUGUACUAAAAAACGAUCUUCUUUUAUUAAAAUCCAAAGGAAUCAACAGUAUUGCUGUAGCUCUAAUGCAUUCUUACACUUAUAUUGAACAUGAACUUACUGUAGGAAGAAUAGCUAAAGAUGUUGGUUUUAAACAUGUGUCUUUAUCCCAUGAAGUAAUGCCCAUGGUAAAAAUUGUACCACGAGGAUAUACAGCUUGUGCAGAUGCUUAUUUAACUCCUCAUAUAAAAAAAUAUGUUGAAGGAUUUGCUUCAGGUUUUAAAAAUAAUUUAAAGGACGUCAAUAUAUUAUUUAUGCAAAGUGAUGGUGGAUUGACACCAAUGAACAGUUUUAAUGGUUCAAGAGCUAUCUUAUCUGGUCCAGCUGGUGGCGUAGUUGGCUAUACAGUAACAACUCCUUAUAAACCUGUUAUUGGCUUUGACAUGGGUGGCACAUCAACUGAUGUUAGUCGCUAUGAUGGAGCAUUUGAACAUGUUUUUGAAUCAAUAACUGCAGGUGUUACAAUUCAAGCUCCACAAUUGGAUAUAAAUACUGUAGCAGCUGGUGGUGGCAGUAGAUUGUUCUUUAGAUCUGGUUUAUUUGUUGUGGGGCCUGAAAGUGCUGGGGCUCAUCCUGGACCAACAUGCUAUAGAAAAGGAGGUCCAUUAACUGUUACAGAUGCUAAUCUAGUUCUUGGUAGACUAUUACCUGAGUAUUUCCCGUCAAUAUUUGGUCCAACUGAAAAUAUGCCAUUAAACAAAGAAGCUGCUUUAGUAGAAUUUGAAGCUCUAACUACUGAAGUUAACAACUUCUUAAAAAAGCAGUCUGAAAGUUCAAAUCCAAUGACAGUUGAAGAAGUUGCUAUGGGAUUUAUAAAAGUAGCAAAUGAAUCUAUGUGUCGCCCAAUUAGAGCUUUAACUCAGGCAAAAGGAUAUGAUACUAGGCAACAUGUGCUAGCAUGUUUUGGGGGAGCUGGUGGACAACAUGCUUGUGCUAUAGCACGUUCAUUAGGAAUUAGUCGAGUUGUUAUUCAUAAAUAUGCUGGCAUUUUAUCUGCCUUUGGUAUGGCGUGUGCUGAUGUUGUUCAUGAAGUUCAAGAACCUUGCGCAUUAACCUAUGAUGAUGAAAACUUGACAUAUUUAAAUGAGCGGAUCAAUAUGUUAAGUUUAAAAUGUAUUAAUGAACUUAAAAAACAAGGAUUCUCUGAUAAUCAAUUACACACCGAGCCAUUUUUACAUUUACGAUAUGAUGGUACAGAUUGCGCUCUUAUGUGUUCUGCCAACAAUGAUAAUUUAACUGAUUCUAGAUAUGUUCAUGGAGAUUUCUUGAGUGGAUUUCUUGCAAGGUACCAAAAUGAAUUUGGAUUUGUACUAUCUGGGCGUAAAAUAUAUGUAGAUGAUAUACGUGUUAGAGGUAUAGGUAAAACACUGUUAAACAUUGACAGUGAAAGACUUGAAAGUCAAGAAUUUCCACUAAUUGAAUCUAUUAAAAAAGUUUAUUUUGAAAACUUUGGUUACGUAGAUUGUAAUAUUUACUUAUUUGAUAAGUUAUGUAAAGGACAUGUUGUUGAUGGGCCAGCAGUUAUAAUGGAUAAACUUAGUACAAUUUUAGUUGAACCUAAAUGUAAAGCUAUUAUUAGUAAAUCAGGUGAUAUUGAAAUUGAAAUAAAAUGUGAUCAGUUUACUAAAAUUGGUAUUGAACUUGAACCAAUACAAUUGAGUAUAUUUUCACAUAGAUUCAUGAGUAUUGCUGAACAAAUGGGAAGAAUACUUCAAAGAACAUCAAUAUCGACUAAUAUUAAAGAACGUUUAGAUUUUUCUUGUGCGUUAUUUGGUCCAGAUGGUGGAUUAGUAUCAAAUGCACCUCAUAUUCCAGUGCAUUUAGGUGCCAUGCAAGAAGCUGUUCAGUACCAAAUCAAAUCAGUUGGAAAUGAAAUCAAAGAAGGAGAUGUAAUUCUUAGCAAUCAUCCAAAAGCAGGAGGUUCUCAUUUGCCAGAUCUAACUGUUAUAACGCCAGUAUUUUAUCCUGGACAGUUACAACCAGUUUUUUAUGCUGCAAGUCGAGGACACCAUGCAGAUAUUGGAGGUAUAACACCAGGAUCAAUGCCACCACAUUCAAAAUCAUUGUUAGAAGAAGGAGCUCAGUUUAAGAGUUUCUUCUUAGUCCGUAGUGGACGAUUCUGUGAAAAUGAAGUCACUGAUGCACUUAUGGCUCCUGCUUCUUUGCCUGGAUCAUCGGGCACCAGAAAUCUUAAGGAUAAUUUAUCAGAUUUAAAAGCACAAAUUGCAGCAAAUCAAAAAGGUAUUUACUUGGUAACUGAACUCAUAAAUUCUUAUGGAUUGGAUGUUGUUCAAGCGUACAUGAAUCAUAUACAAAAUAAUGCUGAACUUGCAGUAAGAGACAUGUUGAAAGAUAUUGGUAACACUAAUCUCUUAGCUUGUGGGUUGAAAACGUUGCAAUCAAUUGAUUAUUUGGAUGAUGGUUCUAUUAUAAAACUGUCAGUUCAAAUAAAUGUAGAAAAUGGAGAAGCUAUAUUUGAUUUUAGUGGAACUAGUUAUGAAGUUUGGGGAAAUUGUAAUGCUCCAAAAGCCAUUACUCUUUCUGCAUUAAUAUAUUGUUUGAGAAGUAUGAUUGGUUAUGAUAUACCAUUGAAUCAAGGUUGCUUAAAACCUAUCAAAGUAAUUGUUCCUUCUGGAACUAUUCUUGAUCCUUCAGAAAAUGCUGCUGUAGUUGGUGGUAAUGUAUUGACUUCACAACGUAUUGUGGAUGUUGUAUUAAAAGCAUUUAAUGCUGCUGCUGAUAGUCAAGGGUGUAUGAACAAUAUUACGUUUGGUCAAAAUGAUUGGGGCUAUUAUGAAACUGUUGCUGGUGGUGCGGGAGCGGGUUCAACAUGGACUGGUCGUAGUGGAGUUCAUACUCAUAUGACAAAUACUCGCAUAACAGAUCCAGAAAUACUGGAAAAACGUUAUCCUGUGUUUUUAACCACAUUCACAUUACGUGAAAACUCUGGCGGCAAUGGUGAAUAUUGUGGAGGAAAUGGAGUUAUUAGAGAAUUACAAUUUAGAGCUCCAGUGACUUUAUCGAUAUUAACAGAAAGACGAUCUUUUUCACCUAAUGGAAUCAAAGGAGGGGAAAAUGGUCAAAAAGGUGAAAAUAUAUUAAUAAAAAGUGAUGGUAGAAAAAUUAGACUUGGUGCUAAAACUGCAGUUGAUAUGAAUCCGGGUGAUACAUUUUUGUUAUUAACUCCUGGUGGUGGUGGAUAUGGCCGACCACCUAAUGUUAAUAAUACAACAACUGGAACAACUGCAAAGAAACCUAUUUGUAGUUUAACUUUAGAACGAGGUUCAGUGUAUAAUUAUCGUAUGUUACAAGAAUCAGUCUAAAGUGAAUCACUUAAAAUAUUAUUUUUUAUUAUUAUACACGUAUUUUUCUCUA